UCUCUCUCUUUCGGUUUACAUCUUCUCCUUUUUGGAAUCCUAGAAAGAAAGUGAAAAAUGGGAAGAGCCCCGUGUUGUUCCAAGGUGGGUUUGCACAGAGGAUCUUGGACAGCUAGAGAAGACACAUUGCUGGUUAAUUAUAUCCAGGCUCAUGGUGAAGGUCAGUGGAGAUCUUUGCCUAAAAGGGCUGGGCUGCUUAGAUGUGGGAAGAGCUGCAGACUAAGAUGGAUGAACUAUCUGCGACCUGAUAUCAAGCGAGGAAACAUCACUCCUGAUGAGGAUGAUCUCAUUAUCAGGCUUCAUUCUCUUCUAGGCAAUCGUUGGUCUCUCAUUGCCAAAAGACUUCCAGGCAGGACAGACAAUGAAAUAAAGAACUAUUGGAAUUCUCAUCUGAGUAAAAGAGUAGAAAAUUCCGAAACCAAUUCAAAAACCUCCAAAGAAGCAUCAAUUAGAAACAAUCGUAAAGGCAAGAAGACCACCGAAAAGAAGAAGGACAAACCAGAGAGCACUGCAAGAGAAGGGACUACUCCAAUCGUGACGACCAAAGUGCAUCAGCCAAAAGCCAUUAGGGUUUCAAAAUUUUCAGUAAUAACGAGGAGCAACAGUUUUGACAGUAUGAUAAGUGGAUCAUCUAACUGGGGAUCAGAAGGGAGCAGAAGAGCUAAUGAUAUCCAAGUUUUUGAUUUUCCUGCAUGUUGCUCUGGCAUUGCAGGUGCUACUAAGUAUAUCGGAAAGGCAAUGGUUUGUGAUGAAGAUCAAGAAUUUCCUUACUGCGGUUUUGACGCUGCUACAUUUUUAGAUGAAACACCAGUUGGAGAUGAUACUAACAUGCUUGAAGACAUUUUUGAGGAAUACCAGCAGCUUCUUAAGGGAGAUGACACUGUCGAGAAAGAGACCCCUUUUUUUUAUUCUCUCUUGAUUUGACCGCACCAUUUGUUUUCUGCCCAAUAUAGUUAAUGUCAAA